AUGAUGAGUGUGAGAGUGAAGGGAUUGAGGGUGAAUGUAAGAGGGUUGGCAUUUAAGCCGAUGUUGUUUAAGCUGUUGGUUAAUGAAGGAGUGGGAGGAUUGAAGGGGAUGGGUGACAGUGCUGACGUAGUCAGUACUGGCACAGAUUUCAGUAGUUUAACCAGGAAGGGUACAUCCAACAGCACCAGCACAACCAGUAGCACAAGCAGCAUAGACAACAGCAAUGGUACCAAUGCCAGCACCAGGAGCACAAACAGCUUGGCCUCAAUUGCCAGCCAUUUCCCUCCUUGUAUCAGCAUAGGUUAUGGUUCAGGAGUGUUCCAACAAAAUGGAUAUGAAGGAGAAACCCCCCAAAUUGAUAUUAUCAACAUCGUCAAUAACACCAGGGACUUCCAUAGAGCCAAUCUCAUCACCAAUAAUCAUCAUUAUUCUGGGUUGAAGUGGUUAGGACUUGGAAUCAUUGAGAGAUUUCAGAAUUUCGGCCCAGUUAGCAUGUAUUUCAAUCCAUUUGUCAACAUUAACCAAUCAAUGGUUAAGUAUGGGGUCAUACUGAAAGACAAUUGUUUCAAAGAUUUGGUAGAAUGGGAGAAUUUCUAUGUUGCAGGAAGAUUCCAGAAACCUAUAAAGUUUAUUAAUGAAAAAGAUCAAGCACGUGAUCAAGCACAUGACCAAUCACAUGAUAACAUUUUCGACAAAGAAUUCGACAAAGAACUCGACAAAGAUUUGAAAUUACUCCAAUUAGCUAACCAAUAUAAUCUUUUCUCAGCAUUAAUCGUAUCAUUAUUGAUCAACCGGAGUCCCAACAUCACCGAACAUAAGAUCUAUGAGAAUAUCACGUCGUUAUCGUAUCUUGGAGAUCCAAGGAUGAAAGUUGGAGGUGAAAAUCCCAACAAGGUGAAGAACAUUGUAUCGAAACAACUAGAGAAUUUCAAGGUUUUAUAUUCACCUAUGAUGGAAUAUAUGGUGGAUAAGAAGUACUUGAUAGCUAAAUCUGAUGGGUUUGUCAUCAAUAUGUCCACUACUGAUAAGAUUGAAUUGAUAAGAUACCUACCUAGGAACUUCCGAGACCUGAUAAGUAAGAAUUUGAAUGAGAUGACCGAUAAGAAGUUGGCUAAAGUACUUAGAACGGCGUUGAUUAAUCUCGUGGCAAGACCAUCAUUGAUACAGUCGAUUAAGGGGUUCUUUACGGCGGGGGUAGUUAAGUCUUUGAAGUAUAUGAUAGCCAAAAGGAUGAAAUAUAGGCGUAGGUAG